AGAGUGAGGCGAUGGGUCUUUGGUCAGGACAGUCAAAGACGUGUGACCCGGGGCACCAUGAUGCUAAUUAAUUUCUGUCAGGCACUCCCUGUUGUGCGAGACUUUGCAUGGAGAGCUCUUCCUUGCCAACCUUCCAGAGAACGCCCAGGUAUUGUUGCUCUGGAUCAAGCCGCUCGCAAAAAAUCUUGGAUGUUGGGACUGGGACAGGUGCUUGGGCUAUCGAAGUUGGCGAAAGUCACCCACACGCCCUCGUGGUUGGAAUCGACCUAUCACCGAUUCAGCCUCAACAUGUUCCGCCGAACGUAGAGUUCCAGAUUGAUGACUUCAACGAACCGUGGACAUUCAAGGACAAUUCGCUCGACUACAUCAACAUGCGAUUCCUGGCUGGUUCCGUUCGUGAUUGGAAUUUUUUAGUGGGCGAAGCUUAUCGUUGCUUGAAGGAAGGCGGUAUUCUCGAGAGUUCAGAGCCAUCGUUUCUCAUCCAGAGCGAUGACGGCACAGUGAACGCGAGAAGUUCCUGGUACCAGUGGUCGAGAGUCUUCGAACAAUACGGGGCUCAGAUUGGACAGACGUUCUCUGUAGUACAAGAGGGCAUACAAAAACGGGCUCUGGAAGAGGCACACUUCAGUGACAUCCGGGAGCUCAACUAUAAGAUACCGAUCGGGAGGUGGCCAAGAGAUGAAGAAUACGAAUGGCUGGGACGCUGCGCGCAGUCAGCGAUAGAAAAGGACGCCUUGGGGUUUCUUCUGCGUCCGUCGGAGAUGGGGUCAGGCUUGACGCACCCGUGGUUUUGGUUUAAGAAGGUUUGGGGGCGUAAGAUGCCAUCAUCUUCAGUUGUACAGUAGUGUAGGGUUGCAAUGGCUAGUCUGGAGUCUCAUUUGAUACUGAACUGUAGUUCUGUAUGUAUGCAGUACAUACAUACUGAAAAAGCCUAUCGUGUGGGUGCCAUUUUCGGAGCGAGAUUGUCUUUUUGCAUUAUGAACCAUUCAACCAGACAGCUGUUAUAUAAAUCGUCGAGAGCCAACCUUGCAGAAAUCUUAUGGAUAUUACAAUCAAGAAUGA